AACACUCAAGGCUUGUGUACCCCGUAUUCAGAACCAGGUGUGUUCCCUCAGUUAAGGCAACAGCCAAUGAACAGUUUGGUUAACAUGUAAAGAACAGUGAUUCACAUAUCAUCAUCACAUAUACCUGAGGCUAGGUACAGCAUUCCUGAACUACAACCACAGCAGGACGGCACAGACGAGACCAUGAACAUUAUUAAAUACUUCCUUCUAGUGCACUCGAUCUUAUCUGGAGCAGACCCCCUCAGCCCGUUCAUUAAGCGCUAUGAGGGCUUGUCAUAUAACAGAGAGGCUCUGCAUCAGAGUCACCAGCGAGCGAAGAGGACGAGGCGGGAGGCGGAGCGGACUGUCCAGCUGGAAUUCAGCGCCUAUGACCGGAAAUUCCACUUAAGACUGAAGAGAGACUCCACAGGGUUCACGGAAGACUUUCAGAUCCAUUUCAAAAACUCAUCUGAAGCUGCGGAUACCUCCCACAUAUACUCUGGAGAGCUGGCAGGUGAGAGUCACUCUGUCUGCCACGGUUCUGUCAUUGACGGCCAAUUUGAAGGUUUUAUCCAGACGCAGAAUGGCACAUUUUACAUUGAGCCCACUGCAAGAUACACCAAAAGCAGCACUGAUUACCACUCUCUCAUCUACCAUGAAGACGACAUUGAUUACUCCCGUGUGGGACCCAGGGAACCUCCUCAUUGCGGGACUCCGAGUCUGGGACGGUAUGCAGAGAGCCUGAGACAGGAAAUCCUUGGGCAGGAUGAACUUGCGCUAAGAUCAAAGAGGACUCUUGACUAUUCCAAAACGAGCUGCAUGCUGUACCUGAGGACGGAUCACCUGUACUUCAAGAAGUUUGGGAGCGUGGAGGCAGUGGUGGCACAGAUUGGUAACUAUAUGCGAGCCGUCAAUGAUAUCUAUGAUAAAGCUGAUUUCGAGGGCAUCCGGCUUAUCAACUUCAAGGUUAAAACACUUCACGUCAUUUCAGACGAUGACCCCUCUAGUCUGCAGUACUCUCCCUUCAUUGGCCCAGAGAAGCUCCUAAUGCUGCACUCCAGAGAGAACUGGGAUAACUACUGCCUGUCUUACCUGAUGACAGACCGGGAUUACAAUGGAGUCCUGGGGCUCGCCUGGGAAGGAAAGCCUGGUAAUUCUGGUGGGAUUUGUUCCCGAUGUGCAGUGUUUCAAGAUGGCACCAACGCUUCCCUGAACACCGGCUUGGUCACACUGCAGAAAUAUGGGGACUAUCUGCCCCCUAAACUGGUCCAUCUCACAAUGGCACAUGAGCUGGGGCACAGCCUUGGUUCGCCGCAUGAUGAGAAGGGUGAGUGUGAGGCUUCAACUCCAACUGGAGGCCAAGGGAACUUCUUGAUGUUCCCAUACGCUUCUGAAGGUAACCAGGGCAACAACGACAGAUUCUCUCCAUGCAGCGUAAAGCACAUCAGCAAACUGCUGAGGAUAAAGAAGGACAAGUGCUUUACAGAAAGUGGCCUGCCAAUCUGUGGGAACCAGAUUGUGGAAGAUGGGGAGGAAUGUGAUGUGGGGCACAAUGACACUGACCCUUGUUGCUAUAGCGCCAGCCAAUCGGAAGACUUUCACUGCAAGCUUAAACCCCAGAAACAGUGCAGCCCCAGCCAAGGAAAGUGCUGCAGCCAUCAAUGUGUUUUCAAGCCACAAGGCCAGAAGUGCCAGCAGGAAAAUGAUUGUGAGUUUGAGAGCGAGUGCUCUGGUGUGGGCGCGUCCUGCCCCUCGCCCACACCCAAGGCCAACAUGACCACCUGCCACCUGGGAACACGCGUCUGUAUCAACGGGAAGUGCGACCAGUCGCUCUGUGUCAAAUACGGUCUGGAGCAGUGCGGCUGUUUAGGCAAUUCCAUGAAGGAAAAAUGCUACAUUUGCUGCCAGAAGCCAGGGAAGCCGUCCACGUGCGCCAGCACCACCUCUUCGGUUCUGUUUGAGUAUUUCAGAGGCGCUGAGAUCGCCCUUCCAGCCGGGGCCGCGUGCUCGGACAGGCAGGGCUACUGCGAUAAAUUCAAUAUCUGUCGGCUGGUGGACGCGGACGGGCCCAUAGCCAGACUGAAGAACUCCUUUCUGCGCCUCAAUGAGUUUGAGGAUCUAGCUGAGUGGAUGAAGGCAUACUGGUGGGGGAUCCUCCUGGUCAUUCUGGCCUUAUCCACUGUAAUGGCCAGCACAGUGUUUUUGUUUGGACACACUGCGGACAGCAGCCCAGAAGAGGAUGUUCGAGCUAGAAGUAAAAGCUCCUCUUGCCCCAGCAAGAGACAACAACGCCAGAUGCAGGAGUCUAUGAUGCUCCCCUUGAAAUAAUUAUGAAUCUGAAGCCAGUCGAAUGAAACCUGCUGAAUAAUGUUACGUUAACAUAUUGACUUGCAUACCACUUUGUAAUUUUCCAUAUAAAAACGGACAAUUGAAAAAUGCGACAUUUUGAAAUCUAACAUGAAAUACUGUACUGCUGUUCUGGCUUCCGGCAGGCUUUUUGUAGUUUCUUUGAUUAAAUGAUGUUAAAGAACAUAUCUGAAUUAUGUUCAUAUAGUUGAUGAGACACCUUCAGCAUGUUUCCACUGUUACAUAGAAUAAAGUAUUUAUAGCAGCUCUGCAGGCUCUUUAAUGUCAGCUGUGCAAGGGUAUGGCACCAGCGCCUCAUGCAGUAAUAAAGAGUGACGGCUGUGGCUUCUGUCAGGGAGUGCAGUAAAUCAGGAACACAGCAGACGGUGAAUGUCAUCACAGAGUCAGUUUUGAGUUUAAAAGGUUGAAAGAUGAACGUUAGGUCAGAUCAGCCCCCAGCUGGUACCGAAUUCAGUUUUUUUUAUUUAACCCGUUCCUCGCGGCUUUUUAGUCCUGGGAUCAUGUUGUUUUUGCCUUUCUCUUCACAUGCUCCAGAGCCGUGCUAUUGACUUGGGGCUCUUUCAGUCCAUCCAAUCCAGGACCUAGUCCCAACAAGGUGUUUAAUUGGCUUCCAGAUGUUAAAAGCAUGAGACGCAAGUUAAGUAGCCCAUUGCACCACUUAUGUCUAAUUUGGAAAAAUUAACUUAAUUAAAUUUAAAAAACAUCCUGUAAACAGAAACGCUUUUUGCUCAGAGAGCAGGAUUAAUUUUAAAAUUGUUGUUGGUUGUAAAGAAACAAGAAGAUGAACGGGUGUAGGUUGUAAUUUAUUAAAACAUCAUAUUUACAGUUAUUUACAAAGAAAAUCUGCCGCUUCGAGAUUUAAUCCCUCCCCCUCGAACAAUCAUUCAAUGUUUUACAUCACUAUCAAUUUACAGUAUUAACAUGUUACGUUUUUUUCUUUAGUUUUACAACUUGACCUUUUUUUUACAUCAGUGCAAAACACUAAA